AUGUCCGAAUUUUUUCGAUAUCGUGUAGUAACAUGGUCAUCUCAAACAAAUACUACGAUAAUUGUGGCCGGUCGAACAAACGAAAGUGGAUCGACAGCCGAAUAUCUCUCACUCCCCUAUGACAUCUAUGUCGAUGCAACAGGAAAUGCAGUCUAUGUAGCUAAUAGCGGUAAUAAUCGGAUUCAAAAGUGGACAAAAGGUGCUCGAGAAGGAAUUACAGGCGCUGGACCAAGUAAGAUUACUGAAGAUAAUACUGAUGCAUGGUUUAAUCCAACUAAUACCCAUUUAAAAAAAAGCAGGUGGGUAUUUUUUGAAUAA